GUCCUGCCUGGGUGGCAGGUGCUGGGAGAGAAGCUCUGGGUUCCCUGGAGCUCAGCAUCCACCCCGGGCCCAAUGCUGGAGGUGUGGACUUACCACGACCAUCUCUGUGGGUCACGGCAUCACGGCCCCGGCGGCCACAGCGAGGCUUCCUGCCCGAGGCAGCACCUGCAGCGCUCCGGUCAGCAAAUACGUUUGCCUCACGGUUUCCACACCAGCAUGUUCCUGCGGCGGCCGGGGAGACAGGACUCAGGGCUCUGUGCUGACUCCAGGCUGGUGUGUCCCACGGACGGGUGUGACUGCUCUGAGCCCAGCACAUGUGAAAGGCACUCCAGGAAACUGAGGAGGAACUGGGGCCAGGGGCAGCAGUGACGCUCACACCACCAGGCCACCACACAAGAGCCCCAGGCAGCUGCAGCGUCCCGGAGGCGCUGAGCACGGGCAGCCCGGGCCCUCCCCAAGGGACAGUUAAUGUUCUUUUGGUUUAAGGAGAAAGUGUCAGUGGGGACCUUGCUCUCCACACAAGACCCCUCCAGGCACAGGCGGUGCCCCCUCCCCGGCCACACGCACAGUGCAGUCUCCUGUCUGCAGCCUCCCGGCCGGGCUGCACCCCCCAGCCUCCCGGAGCGCACUCUCUGUGCCGGCGGGACACAGAGGCACCAGAGCAGCAGAGAAGUCGGGGCCGCGGGAAAGGGAAGGCCGCACUCUGCAGGCCAGUGCAGCUCCCACGCUGCGAACCGAAGACACCGUAAGGGGAAAGGGCAGGGAUUCGACCCGGCGAAGGAACGCGAUUCAUGGCACGGAGUCCAGAGGCCCUCACCCAUCUGGAGGCAUGUUCCCUGUACGGCAGGACAAGGUCUCGCCCUGGCUGGCUUCUCUGGGCCACCGGGGUGGGGGCCAAGGAAGGAUGGGCCUGGGGCUCCGUGUUUGUGCUGGGGCAAGUUUCAGUUUCCUUCUCCUCUGCAGAACAUUUCUGAGAACUCCCCGCCCUCUCCUUCCUGUGUGGGUGCUGGAGGGGGAAGGGGGACUGGGAAAUCCUGGGGGGUGAGGAAGGGGCCCCAAAGGGGAAGCCCACGGCCCUUUCCCCUGUCCCCCUCUGGGCACUGCCCCUGCCCUGCAUGGCCCUGGGGGGUGGGCUCCAGCCACUGCCCCUCCCGCCCCCACGGCUGGCCCUGGGGCUGCAGGUGGGGAGACAGUCCCGCAUGCAGUGCAGAGCACAGGGAGGCAAGCAAACGACGCCACUCCCCCAAACCGAAAAUUCCUCUUCUGGAGACAGGCAGGCAGGAGAAGCCUGGGAAAGCCUGGCCCUGACCUUGGCUUCUGCCUGAGAGAGGGACUCCCCACUGCACUGGCCUGGAGGCGGCACUGCCUGGGGGACCCUCCCCUCCCUGGUGCCUGGAGCUCACCAAGCGUCCCCUUCAGUUAUCAGGGUUGACAUCCACCCCAACUUUGCCCCAUUUCCCUAGCAGGAAGGCCACUGGGACCAUUGUCCUGAUCAGAGAUGGGGUGCACCCCCUGGGGGCCCCCUUCCUGGCAGCCCUUGGGGUGGGGUGGCCCAGGCAGCUCCCCCAGUGGGCGGGACAGGGGUGGGUAGGGGUGGGGCUGGAGACUGAGCUGCUGGCUGCUCCUGCCAGCUGUGGAGAGUGCAAGGCCAGACCGCAGCCCCAGGGCCCCCAAGCCAGCUCCCCAUGAGCCAUAGCGCCCCUGAGCCCCCGCUCAAGUUCGUGCAGGGCAAAGAUGAGAUAACUGGGGACGAGUAUGAUGGUGUGGACAGGGUGGAGAUGAGCUGUGGGCAUGCAGUGGACCCAGAGAACCUGAAGCUCUGGUGCCGCCAGCUGAUAAAACAGGGCAAGUACACACUCCACUGCCCUGCGGAAGUAAAGGGGAAGAAGUGUGGGGCCCAGUGGCUCUACCCGGAGGUACGCCGCUGCACCCAGCUGAGCGAAUCUGAGCAGCAGGAGUUUGAAGAAGGACUUGCCCAGGCUGCAACGAGACACUACUGCAACCUGAAAGUGUGCCCAGGCUGCAGGAGCCUUGUGGAGCGGAAGGAUCCAGCUGAGCUUCGGGUCCAUUGCACAGUCUGCUGCGCCAUACGGGGUGUGCCCUACGACUUCUGCUGGCAGUGCAUGCAGGCCUGGAAAGGGCCUAUGUUGUCCUCGAACCGUUGUGGCAAUGAGGACUGCAGGGACCCGAUCCUGCACAUCCUCGCUACCUGUGCCACCAAGGACCUCCCAGACAGCUUGAUCCAAGGCUGCCCUUCCAUCCGGGCCUGCCCCGAGUGCGGGCUGCUCAUCGAGCACAAGGAGCGCUGCAAGUACGUGACAUGUUCCCGGUGCGACACGAAGUUCUGCUUCGCCUGCCUGGAGACGGCUCAGGCCUGCGAGGCUGCCAAGCCAGCCAGCUGGUUUAAGUGGUGCGCCAAGCCCCUGGCCCCACGGCAAAGCCGUGUUCCUGUGUGGGGCCCAUACCAACAGAGAUUGCUGUUGCAAGGCCAGCCUCUUGAGUUGGAAACUUUUCAACCGAGAGUUGUUUUUGCCCAGCAGCCAGUGGCGAAUGAGGGGAGAUGUUUGAUUUUAUGAAUAGCAUAAAGCAGGCUCUACUCAGUGCUCCCACCUCUGCCUUUCCUGCCUCAGCCUGAAACGUCCUUCCCCUGCCUUGUGUCACCAGCCUUUUCAGAAACAGAGCUGCUGUGAGGA